ACGAAAGUACGGCUGGUGGUUUGUUACAUUCAUUAAGAGUACAUAAAGACGAAAGACUUAGUUGAUCACGGCUAGAUUUGAUUUCAGGACGUAAAGAACCCCUUAAAAAUACCUCAAGAUAUUUUCUCUGGCGUUCUAACGAUUCUACCAUUCCAUCACCUAUAUACUGAACAAUAUAAUUCAAGUCAUUUUACGAAAGUACAGCUGUUGAUUUGCGUGUAUUAAAUCUGUUCGCUUGUUAUCAAAAAAGUUCAUUGAACGAACAUGUGAAAAGUAUGUUGUGUUUAUUAAUAUCCACAGCUCCGUUCACCUAAUAUUGUUUACAUGAGUGAAAAAAAUAAAAACAAAGUAAGAUUUGUGAUGACACUGAGAUGAUAAUUGCUAACUCAAGAUAUAUCAAGAAAUAUGUCACAUUUUGACAACGGAAGACUGACCUUAUCGAUAUUAUGUUCUUAACAGCUUUAUUGGAGUUGCUGUGGAAUUUAAAUUAGGUUAUAAACAGUAAUAGAGAAUGAAGAUUCAGUUGAUUUAUGUGUAAUGUCAAGCAUAUCUCAGUAUAUCUUGAGAACUGAAGUCAGUUUACUUGCUGAAUUUUAGUUCCAAGAUUGAAAUCUUGGAAGAAAACUUGUAAUAAAAUAUCUUGAAACUGUUCCUUUAUGUCUGAAACAUUUUCAGACUUCGUCAAAUAUCACUUUUCUCUCUAUGAAAAAAUACAUUAUAAGACAGUAUUUGCUGAGAAGUUUUAAAAGUUUAUUAUUCUGCAUUAAGCAUUUGAAAAUAACAUAAUAUUUUACAAUAUUUAUAGAAGAAUUAUGGAGAAUAAACUGUGUGAGAGUCAAGUUUGUGAGCAAACACAUCCUGAAUCUAGUGACCUACCUAAACAGACAUGUAUAAAUAAACAAAAGGAACCAUAUCAUUCAAACAUCAUUAAAAAGACAUUCACACAAUCUAAUGCUUUAUUUAAGCAAAAAUUACUUCAUACAAGCUCAAAACUUAAAUAUUUAAAAAUUUAUAGUAAAACAAUUACUAAAAACAACUCUUUGUCUUUGCAUAAGAAUGUUCGGCAAGAAAAGAAAAUUUACCAAUGCAUAAUUUGUGGUAAAACUUUCUCUGACAGUGGUAAUUUGACCAAGCAUAAACGUAUUCAUACUGGUGAAAAACCAUAUCACUGUGAUAUUUGUGGGAGAGCAUUCUCUCAGCAAGCUCAUUUGACUAAACACAAAUAUAUUCACUCAGGUGAGAAACCAUAUCACUGUGAUAUUUGUGGAAAAACAUUUUCACAAAAUGGUGAAUUAACUGUUCACAAACGUAUUCACACAGGAGAGAAACCAUAUCAGUGUGGUAUUUGUUCUAAAACAUUUUCCCGAAGUUCUGAUUUAAAUAGACACAAGUACAUUCAUUCAAGCGAAAAACCAUAUCACUGUGAUGUCUGUGGGAAAACAUUCUCGCAAAGAGGAAGCAUGGUUAAACACAAGCGUACUCAUACUGGUGAGAAACCAUACCAUUGUGAUAUCUGUGGAAAAACAUUCUCUGUAUGUAAUAAUUUGACUAGUCACAAACAAGUUCACACAGGAGAGAAGCCAUUCUGUUGUUAUGUCUGUGGGAAAACAUUAUCUGGUAAUAGUGCUUUAACUAGACACAUACGCAUGCAUACUGGUGACAAUCCAUACCACUGUGAUAUCUGUGGGAAAAGAUUCUCUGAGAGUAAUAGCUUAACUAUACACAUACGCAUGCAUACUGGUGAAAAGCCAUAUCAUUGUGAUAUCUGUGGGAAAACAUUCUCUCAAAACGGUCAUUUAACCCAACAUGUACGUAUUCACACAGGCGAGAAUCCAUUUCACUGUGAUAUUUGUGGUAAAACAUUUUCUCAAAAAGGUCAUUUAACACUUCAUGUACGUGUUCAUACAGGUGUGAGACCAUACACUUGUGAUAUUUGCGGUAAAUCAUAUGCUGAUAAUCAGAAUUUAAAUCGUCACAAACCUGUUCAUACAGGUGUCAAACCAUAUCAUUGUGAUAUCUGUGGUAAAACUUAUUCUGAAAGUAGAAGUUUAACUAAACAUAAACAAAAAUCACAUGAAAGCCUGCCCAUAGAACAAUAGAAUGGCUUGGGAGAAUUUGCUUCAUGAAGCCACCUGGGUAUUUUCAUAAGUCAAUACAAUGAAAUUUUGUUGAAUGGAAAAUGGAUGAAAGUUGUGUUUAUAUAAUGUUUUUAUUUAACUCUUCUGUUAUAAUACACUGCCUUUGUUUCAAUUUAUUUUGAAACAUAUAAAGAAUUUUGUAAAAUAACUUAUUAUUAAGCUCAUUUGUGGAGCAUAAAUUAAUAUGAAAUUUUAGUGGAGAUUUUAAUUUAGAUCACUUUAAACAAAGAAGUGUUCGUCAUAGAACCAGAGGCAGUCUCAGAUGGAUUUGUAUCAAAAGUGUCAAAAUAUUUGAAAAUAAUUUAUACAUUUCAACAAAAAUUAUAUAUCACAUUGUUGUAAUAUUUUCUAUUUCUAACAUUAUGAAACAAUCUAUUUUGUCAUUAUGUAAGUCAGCCAGCUGAC